AUGCUGCUGUUCAUUGUUGUUGCAGUGUGUUUGGCCGGUGCCUUAAGUUACAAUCCGGAAGGUAAGAAUGAAAAACCAAGGAGGUUAAGCUAGGAGAUCCCAUGAUCAAAGUGAUCUUUUGCCAACUUCUUCAGUUACUUUUUAAUCACUUUCAGUUUUUGAAAGUUCACGAGAAUCAAAAUAAAUACCCAUAUCGCGUUAAGAGCUGAGCUCACUAGAAUAACUCAUGAACGUCUAUCCAAUUUUCACAUCGAAGAAGUUCACACUAAGUGUUCUUAUAGUCCACUUCGCAUCACUCCCCAAUUAGUGGACAACAGAAAUCUUAAAAAAAAACAAGCAACACUUUUAUUUAAAUCUCAAGCUUUUUUUGAAUGAUGAAGUGUUGUAUCUUGAUCUUCUCUUGUGGCAAAGCAGUAAAUUCUAGCGUAGCCUAUCACUAUUUAUAGAGAGAGAAAAGCAAACUCGUACGAAGCUCCCUGUGCCACAACCUCUCGUGGGUGAACUCGACCUCCUCCAGUAAGCGACUGCUCAGACAAGAUCUAUCUUUUGCCCGUCAUGUGAUCAUAGUUGGAACUUCCCUUGCAAGAGUUCCUUCCUCUUUUAGGCGGCCACCUUACUACAAUCCGACACAGUCUCGCAAGCGUCAACAGAAAUGCGAAUUUUUUUUAUACAAUUCAAAUUAUGCGGCGAUACAGUUUUUUCUGAUCAUUUGAUUGCUAAAUUGAAGUGUUUUUGGCCUAGGGAUGGUCUUCAGCGUGGGUAAAUACCUCUUCGAAAGCAAACUUUUGACCUAGAUUUUCUUCCGCUAUUUUUUUGUUUGUUUUACCCCUAUUCAGUGCUCGCUGAUGUCUGAUAUUUUAAUUUGUCGCUCUACCUGGACUCGCUUUAGGUUUUGGCUUUUCGAAAACAAAAUACUAUAAUUGGAUCUGUAUAGUCUUUUUAAAUUUCUCAUUUCAAUUUUUUCUGGUGCGUAGAGAACAUAGGAGUUGGAAAUCCUGAUCUCUUUGAAGGAGACAUGAUCCUUACGGCUGAACAAAGGGCUGCUGCAAUGGCUGGACAAGACGUGGACGCGCCAGCUAGCCGUGGCGCCAUCAGAAGGGGCUUGUGGCCAGGCGGAGUUUUGGUGUACGAAAUCGAUAGCAGUUUUCGUGAGUUUAUCGAAGUUUUCGAAUUAUUUGAUUAACAGUAAACUGCAGGGAGUCCCAGAUUCAAGAAGGAAUGAUCGUUUUGCUGAAUAGGCUAUUCUAAGGAGUUGUCUUUUAUCAUGUCCAUACCUCUAAGUUAUCCUCUAUCAAAUCACUGUUUUUCCAUCUUUUCGAAUCUCAUAAAUCAGAGAAAUCUAACAUUCUGAGCUUAUAUGACAAGUGCUCAGUUAAAAAACAAACUUACCCAACAGCUGAAACAAUGUUUGAAUUGUGUGGCAGGUGCUACAGGCGUGUUACGAAAGGUGCAUGUAAGAGUGGAACUUGAAGCGCUCAGAGAAGAAUACCCACAUCUGCUUUAAUCUUAUAACUCGCGCCAAUUAUUCAGGCAAUUCGUGUAAAAUAAAUAGUUUGGUAAAAAUUAUUCUGUAAUGCGUAAAUCUACAUAAAAUAUGGCCAUAAUCAGCGAUGAGAGCUGCUACAUUAUUUCCAUUUAUCCACAGGCCGGAGUUCGAGUGCAAUGAACGCUAUUCGGAGUGGAAUGAAGAUGUGGUCUGAUAACACGUGUAUCACAUUUAGGGAGAGAAGAGGAAACGAGAGAAGCUAUGCGUACUUCCAGGGCGGUGGAGGGUAAGCGAUACCAAUCAGAAUAAAUCUUCUGUGUUUUAGUGCGUGCGCACACGUAAUCGCCUUGUAUCCGGUAACGCUAAUUCGCUAUCUAUAUGAACAGCCCCCUAUUUGGAACAAAAAUAUGCCGGACAUGUUUGUUCACGGAAAUUAUUUGAUCUGAGUAGCAAACAGUUUCCUGUGAGCGAAACACAGCGUAACGUUCUCCCAUCUUAGAUCAACUUUUAACGGAAUAUUCUAAUUGCAUUUGACGGGAAGUUUGAAAAUUGAGGAAUUCGCUCAGAAAAUAUUAUCGGAUAUUCCCCAAUUUCAGUUGGGCAUAUUCACGUUACGCGUUUAGACUGAAUCGCCUGCGAGCGAAAAUAUUUGACGGAUCAUAAGUUAUAACAUGGAUACGACUUUAAGUUGAUCGAGAGAAUAUGAUAUGAUCGAGAGAAUAUGAUUUUUGCUUCUACGGGUUUUUGGGGAGGAGCUAUUGGUGAGCUGGCUUCGUAAAGCUUUUGUUCUUAGAGGAGAUAAUAAACGAUGAUAAACAUCUUUAAAGCAAUGUCUAUUAACAGUGAUUUUAGCAUUAACACCCGAUGAUUAAUUACAGCACUGUCUUACACAGUUUUAUUUAUGAAUUUGAACAAAAGGUGUUCAUCAAUGGUUGGACAGACUGGACGAAGGCAAGCCAUCACUCUCGGAAGAGGAUGUUUACACGUAGGAGUUGUUGCUCAUGAAAUUGGUAAUAUAUACAUCACUAGCUUGAUAUAAUUCUUCUACCACAUUUGACUGUGGGUAAACUUUAAAAGUAAGAUGCUAAGCUUCUCUGAAGCUAGCUCAAAUUGUUGUUAUCAAUAUUUUCACGGAAUUAACUUCACAACGAAGACGACGCUGAUGCCGACAUAUAACUUAUACAAAAUAAGAUACCGUUCUUUAAGGAUCACUGUUGAACAAAUUUUUGCUUUUUAUAGGUCACGCUCUCGGUUUUUACCACGAACAAUCCAGGCCUGACAGAGAUGAAUAUGUAACCAUCUACCGACAAAACAUUGUACGAGGUACUCUUGCCAUACACUUUACAAUACAUUCUUUAUAGUUUGAACUUGAUGGUAACAUUACGACUUAACUCUGAUGAUGAGGUUGUCAUGAAACGUCAAUCUACUACCUGCAACAGUCCUUCCCAGGACUACACUCACCCCACAGACGCGAGCUUGGGAGACCUGUGCUCACACGGACGAUCGGACCACACGAUCAUUUCCGUAUUUGUUAUAUAAAAAUUGAUAGCAUUUCCGACGCGGUGUUAAUUCAACGACGGCAUUUAAUACAAGGCGGCGUUUAUUUUCAAAUCAUAUCACUGAAAUCACAGACAACUUUUACGGUAAAUGAUUUGUAAAUAUGACUUCAGAGAGAAAAAUGAUUGAAGUUCCAAUGAUUCUUUUUUCAGAAGUGUUUGAUUUGUGAUAAUUUUAACAAGUAUAGGACGUGAAGGAUGGUCAAAUUUUCUUAAUAACCCCGCGAGUACAGCCGUGUUUUUCUGUUUUGGUGCGAUGCUUAUUUUAUAGCUAUUGUUCACUUUCCUUCUAUCUCUGGCGUUUGAUUGAGAGCAGCUUUGGAUUUACGGUGGCGUUCAAAUGAGUAAAUACGGUACGCCAUAUUACAUAUGUCCCCAGUUCUUCUAACCAAACUUAUUUACAGCAAAUACCUGCUAUGAUCAUCGUACAAUUUCGCAGGGAUAUUCUCAAUUUUUUCACAAAGGUAUAGAAUUCAAUUUCAACAAAUAUAGCAAAUCGACGAUUGAUUCCUUGGGAACACCAUAUGAUUAUGGAAGUGUCAUGCAUUAUGACGCGAGAGCUUUCAGCAGAAAUGGACGGCCAACUAUUGUUGCAAAGAAAUCAGGGGUUUGUUGGAUUAAAAAUUUAAUGCAUGAUGUAUACAUUAUUGCAACGGUGAUUAUUAACCGGAACUAAGCUAGGAAUGGCAAUAACAGCUUAUUGAAGUCUGCGUCUGAAUUGAUAGGCGUACUAUUUUCGAAUCGGGUCGGUCCAAAUUCGAAUCAUUCGAAUUAAGUUCGGCUCGUGAACUGUAUGGCGUUCAAACCGCCAAGAAACUUGAAUAAUAUCUUAAGAACUUGCUUCAACUCGAACUAGAUUGAAGUUAGUAACACUUGUAUAUAUUUCUGCCUCUAUCCAAAACACACGCCUCUUAAGAUGUCUGAAAUCUGCCGCUCUUGUGAUUUUACUAAGUCACAGACCGUUAAUUUUUUGGGGGCACGAUUUCUAAGUAAUACACCGUGACCGUUGGAAUGUCCGUAAUUUCACAACUGAAACAUUUCUUUAUCGUUUUUGAUUUGAAGCGAAGUCAGUUCUGUAAAGAGCCGACGAAAUUCAUCUUCCAAUAUUCAUCCAGUUACUUAAUAUUCAAGGAUAGUUUCAAAAUCAGCUGCAAAAGCUGACUUUUUCUUUUCUUUUGGCAGGUAACACUUGGAAACCGCCGAGACCUAAGCAAAAUUGACAUUCUUCAGAUGAAACUUUUGUACAAAUGUUCUGGAGGUGGCGGCGGACCAAACCCUCCCCCUCCGACCAAUAAACCACCAGGUUUGUGUAUAUGUACAGCUCAGGGUCGAAAGAUAUGUCUCCAUUAUUUCUUUAAGUUUACAAUUUACUUAUAUAUAACGCUUACAUUUCACGGAACUUUUCAGCAGGAGCCAAAGUUCCCUGUAGUUUGCCUGUGUAUGACGUAAGCUGGCAAAGGAAUCACUUGGAUUUUUUUUUUGGUUUAAAUUUUAGGAGAAUGUCGCGACACUGGAAAGUACUGCAGCUACCACGUUCCUCGUGGAGAUUGCGAAAGGAUGGAUAUCGUUAGACGGAAAUGCAGAAAAAGCUGUGGUCUAUGUCCAGAAGGUAAUAUUCGAAGAACAAUAGAAGAGACCUCAGUAUUGGAUACUAACUACGUACCGCAUGGGCAUCACGCUUUAAUUAAACUUUGCUUUAGCUCGAGCUUUCCUCAUGAAAAAUCGAUAAUCAAUACCCCUUUUUCUCUUUCACUUUUCAGGAACUCCAUCACCGAACACUAAUCCACCACCUCCACCGCCACCAGAUACCGAGGCACCUCCUCCCCCUCCUCCUCCAAACACAGAGAUGCCACCUCCUCCUCCACCAGACACGUGUAUGCCACCUACUCCACCCCCAGGUAAGUACACGUUGGCUUUGAAUGAAAUUCAAAGAUUUUAUCAUUGCAGUUUGAGGGAUCGGGAAGUGUUAGUCUAGUGGUUGGUUAGCGUGUUAAACUCAGAUCUGGGUUCGAGCUCCAGAACGUCCAUCCUACCAGAACUUAUCCCGGUUUCAGUUUCAUCCCUGGAAGCGAUGUCGGAUCAUCGGAGAAUUUUUACCUAACGUUUCGUCAGGCUUUUUUCCGACCCUAUAUAUACUAGCAACAUAUACGCAUUUGUAUUCUUGGGAAAACUCCAGGAUGAGGAGAAGCACUGUGAGUUAGAUGUUUGUCCAAGAAAACAAAACAGUGACCCGACCAGAGCUUGAGCCUGCAUCUCUUGAUCCAGAAUACAGCCCACUGGUCUACAAGUUUUUUUGCUCAGGAAAAUUAGCCUUUGUUACUUAAGAAAGGUGUUACAAACGUUCAAUAAAAUCAGCAUGCACACAAAACAAUCUACCAAUGUAAUUUCUUUGACUGAAUGGCCCUCCUGUAUAUUCAGGUGAAUGCCGUGACACUGGCAAGUAUUGCAGCUACCACGUCCCACGAGGAGACUGCGAGAAAAUGGAUAUUGUCCGGGAGAAGUGUCAAAAGAGUUGCGGUCUAUGUGGUGGAGGUAUUUAUAAAUUAUCAUCUAAUUCGCAAGGAAAUCCAUGUUCUAUUUCUUAAUAAAAGAGCAUUGUUUACAUGCCCCAAUAUGGUAUCGUGUAGCUAAGUACAGUUUGAUUCAAAUUUUGAAAACUUGUUUCGAUAAUGGGUUCACGUUGUUCAUUUUUCAUUAUUUUUCCUACUCUGAUUCAGAACCUCAUAAAUCACUAGAAUACAGAAUGGGAUAUGAAUAACAACAAUGAAGAAUGAAUAAUCGAGUGAUUUUGUAGAAAAAAAGAGCCUGAAGAUAUUUGCCAUUAUCGCUUUGUAGACAGGUAAUUUGAAUUUUGGUUACCUUCCUAACUGGUUCAGUGCUCUUACCUCCUGUGGGAGCCCCUUGUAAGGGUCGAGUUGGUGUAAAUAAGCUACAUUUAAUUUUCAAUUAUCAUUAACUCGGGAACAGUAGGAGGAUAUCUCUAUGACGGUUUACUGUUAGUCGUAAAACGGCUAAUGGUUUAACCUUUUGGCAAAUUUUAAACGUUAGUCGUUUAAAAAGUUCACCGUAAAUAUAAUUCUGGUGACAAAAAUGGAAAGAUGUUAACCGUUAACCGCAAAUUGGCUAAAAUAUGAACCAUUAGCCGUAAAAGCCGUCACCCCUUUGAGAUCCUCCAGUCGCUGUAAUGGUGAACGACAAACUAGCCUAGCUCAAACUAUUCAUGUUCUAUUUCUUUUUCUUUUUUCUUUUAAUAUUUCAGGAACCAAACCACCCCCACCCCCGGGCACUGACAUUCCUCCACCUCCUAAUACAAAUCAACCUCCUUCAGGUACGUUAUACAUGGCAAUUUUUAAUGACAGUUAUUCAAUGUAAAAGGCUGACAGAAACGUGUGAUUUUAUACUGGCACAGGACAAACCUAAACGCUUCAUAUCAAUUUGUAAAUUUCUAACGGUCUGUCGGUGGAACUUCGCGUUUCAAAGAGAUUCCUAGGGACGGAUGAGAGUCGAUGAAAGUUUAGAUAACUUCGAGCCAACUUAGAAAAAUCCGUUACUACAUCGCAAACGUUAUCAUGCCUUUUGCCUCUACUAGGUUCUUGCGGUGUUGCCCCUCUCGGUAGCAGCCGUGUGAUUGGAGGAGAUGACGCUAAUCCGGGUGCCUGGCCAUGGCAGGUUUGCAACUUGACAGCCCCCUCCGGGAUUUCAGCCAGUCAACGCGCGUAACCCUGCAGACCCAAACUUCUGCCAUUUUUCUUUGUGCUUUAUUAUCGCGUCCCGUUUACAAACUGAACACCCGGUGCAGGCUAACCACUUAACAAACCUUACCUUCCGUUUUGCGUCGAUGAAAUAUAUUUACACCAACAGGUUUACUUUCAUUCGUAUGAUCUCUUUAAGGUUGGUUUACAUAACAGUCGAGGAGGAUUUUUCUGUGGUGGAACACUGGUAACACCAUAUUGGGUUGUCACGGCAGCGCAUUGCAUUUCAACCUUGUAAGUUGCAUAUCUUUAAAAAAAAACUGAGCGUGGUGUUGGCGAUGGCACCAAAUUAUCGUCUAUAGCAUCAGUUUUGGUUUAUUUUUUCACACCCAAAUAACAUUAUUUGGUGGGCUCGAAUUCGAAGCCAGGGCCUUGGUUUCAAAAGCUGGCCAAAGAACUCUUCAAAACCCCAAUAUGUCGUGUGUCUGAGAAGAGGUGAGAGCAUUGCGUGACACUCUAAGCGUGAAGUGCACUAUUGGUGAAUUAACAACGUCAAUAUCUCAAACAAACUGCCCUUAAAAUAUGAAGCCAUUGACGGCUUAAUUAACAGGGAGGACUAAACUCCAAUUAGAAACACUAGGGGAUUGUAAAUGAAAAAGAUAAGACAACUACACUGGAUUUUUUUUCAAACUGUGAAAAUCGUAACAAGCUUCCCCGUAGUGUAUCAAAUGAGCCUGUAAAUUUAAUCUUAUUUUUUAAUUCGGUAUUGAGGAAAUAUACUUUAUCCAGAAAACUUGAUUACAACCAAAGUAAUUUUUAUGAGAUAACAAGUGUGCUAUGUCUUUUAUUUUUUUGUUUUGGCACAGAAACCCCUCCAAUUAUGUUAUUCGGCUCGGAGAUCACAACCGACACCGAAAUGAGGGAACAGAGCAGAAUAUAGGAGCGUCACGAGUUAUCAAACAUCCACAAUAUGACAGCAGACGGAUUAAUAACGACAUAGCUCUACUCAAACUUUCUCGUGCUGCCAACAUUAACGAUCGAGUGUUGCCCGCUUGUCUUCCCCGAGCAAACUACAUUGUGCCUGCUGGAACAACGUGUUACAUUACAGGUCAGUUCAGUUUGUAUUCAAAUCGAAAGAAGUCACAGGGGCCAUCAGAAGUAAGAAAAUAUCAUUAGCAACCAAUAAGAAGUCGAAAUGACAACAACCAAACUGCCAUGCCAAAGAUCGGGAAGUCGUAAGUUUUAUGUUAAGGGGAAGUUUGAUGCAAACAGGGCUAGCCUGGGCCGAGUAAAUACCAUCUAUCUCCAUCAAAAGAAAAGGCUGUAUGUCAAAUUUAAGUGUAAAUGAUACAUACAAUUAUACCUACUUGGAUUAAUAGGCGGAUAUCGAAAUAAUUGCUGAAUUGCACCUCUCAUGUUACCGAUGAGUUUACCCAACAAGCUAGAAAAACUGACCAAAAAUUACACUUAAUUAAGCAAUACUUUUGCGUGUCAGCUUUGUAAGUCUGUGUCAGCUAUUGUAUUCCUGCUGUCAGUAGGUCUCUGUUCGUUACGCACGCUUCAUGCCAGGAGAACUUUUUAUUUCUUUUUUUCCAUUGUUUUGUUGUUGUUGUUGUUGUUGUUUUUUAUCAUUUAUUUUUAUCAUUGUUUUUGCAGGUUGGGGUAAGAUUAGACAUCCAGGUAACUCACAUCACACACUACAGCAAGCCAAGAUAUCUCCUGUGUCAGAGUCGGAUUGCAAAAGGAAAAGUAAGCAUCUUCCUUCACUCCAGAAUUACCCCAUAAAAUUGCUUCGAAAUUGACUAAAACUACGACUUUGUUUAUCCCUGCGUCUAUUUCUCUCCUCACAGAUGGUAAUGGCAUAACGAGAGCGAUGCUAUGCGCUGGAGUUCCGGGAACUCGACUCGGUGGUUGCCAUGGAGAUAGCGGCGGUCCUUUUGUCUGCAAAAACUCCGGGGGAUUCUGGGUACUCCAAGGUGCAGUUAGCUGGGGUUCAAACGACUGUAAUGCUAUGCGCAUGUUUACGGUUUUUGCACGAGUUUCAGUGUUCAGGGAAUGGAUCGACCGAUACAUUUCAUAGCGAACGCUUAAAUACUGCAUUUCUUGAAGGAAUAAAAGUCAUAUAACCGUACGUAACAUAUGAGUAGUGUUUUCGUUGUUCAGCUUUGUCAUCUGCACCACAUCAUAUUAAAGUUGUAAAAAAAUAAGUUGAUUGAUUGGUUUUAGUUUACUGCCCCAAAGCGCCGAAUAAUUAAGCUCAACAAUAGUUUAAAUCUCACAAGUGGAGUAGUAAGCUCAUUGUACCUUUAACCCUUUCACUCCCAAGAUCUCAUUAGUAAUUCUCAUUACCUUCCGCCAUGCCACACAUUUCUUAUGGUGUUGGUCACGAAAAUUUGGUAUUGGAUCAACUAAUAAUCCCCUUAUUGACAUUUUUCUCUGUUCUCAUCAGUUGCCUGCCUGAUAUUGUAUUUUAUAUUUUAAAAAAUAUAAUCUGGGUUCAAAGGUUUUCCAAGUGAUCUACCCUCAUUAACAAGCGUCAUGUAUUAAAUUCGACGAGGAAAUUAAAACUUUUGAUGAAUGUCAAGAUAGCGCUCCUCACAGCAGGAUAUUUGCAACAGGAAGAACAUUGAAAAGUGUUUAGGAAUGUUAAAAUUUUGCUUAUUACAACGACAAGCAAGCACUGUCAUCCAAUGACGCCACUGUAUUUAGCAUACGACUAUGCCGACACUAUCCAGCUAAAUUCAUCUUUAAACGAUCUGGGAACAGAAAUGACGGAAAAAGAUAGAUUUUUGUGUGGUAGUUGUAAAAACUUUAUAUGAAAUUUGGGGGCGUGAUGGACUCACCAGAAAUGAUUACUCAGUUCCGGUUUCUUCCGACUCCCGGAUGAAGGGAAGUAGUAUUAUGGUCUGUUACCUCAGCUAACUGAACAUUACUCGACCAAGAUGGCUCGUCGUCACCGCAGCCAAAGGAUACCAUCAGGCGUAGAAGAAUGGCAAAUGGCUCGCAAUUGGUUGAACAGUUUAGGAGUUUUACCACAGUUUCACCGAGUAUUAUACCCCACUGCAACUGUCUUUGAACUGGCUCAGUCCCUUCGAGAUGGUGUUUUACUGUGUCAAGUGGCUAAUCGUUUGCGUCCCAACUCUGUUCCAGACAUCACCAUGAGACCCCAAAUGUCACCGGUUUGUACACGCUUUCCAGCGGUCGUUUCACUCACUCGAUCAACUGGUAGUCUUAAAGUAGAUUGACGAUAGCUAGCCAAGAUUUCUGUUGUUUAUUUCGUCGUUCGAUAGCCACAAACACUGAUGAUGUUUGUUGAUUUUGUGAUGCUACACCUUCUCAAUGAAAGUUGUAACCUCACUUCCUCUUGUGCUUUGACAGUUCUACUGUUUGAAGAAUAUUCGAAAUUUCCUCGCUUCUUGUACACGGGAUUUUGGUCUCACUUCAGAGGCUUUGUUUGAUGCUAACGAACUGUACGAUGUUUCUGAUUUCGCCAAGGUAUGUAUCGACAGAUAUGAGGCACUAGACUCAAAAAUGUGAUGAACCAUGACUUGCAGUUGUUGAUUUUACGUUGAGAAAUUUCCGCUUACGUCCAAACUUAAUUAACACAAGAAUCAAUGAAGGCAUCGAUGUCUUAAAUACUUAGAGGUCCUUACCAUUGACCUUAACGAGGUAGAACUAAAAUUCACAUUAAUGAAAUACUUGUAACCUGUUGGUAUUCCUCUCCUGGAGGGGGGCUUGUGUAUCACUGUCAGUUUCAUUUUAAAAGUGUUUACUUGGUUUAGUAGUAUAAUAAUGCGCAUUUGUGACUUUGAAAACAAGCAACUUUUAGGGUGUUUGAAUUGAUUAAACGCGACUAUUGACAACGAGGUGAUGCCGGAACGUCUAAAUCAUAUAUUAUUUUGAGUAAUACAAUACCAUUAUUAUCGUUCGUGUGAGGAAAUGUGCAGUUUAUCUGUGUUUAUUUUGAAGACAGUGGUCGGAAGGGUAAAUAAAGUACACAAUAUUUAUUCAUUCGGUGGCAUACGUUUUAGCCUAUCAGUUCAUUGCUAUAAUUUUAAAGCUCUUGUAUUGCGAUAUUUUAUUAGACUUGGUGUUGUGUCUAUACACGUUUAUGUUAAGUAAGUUUUUUAUUUGAUAUUCCAUUAAUUAGUUUUGUUUCGAAAUUUAACGAUGAAAAAUAGCCUCUCGUGUACUACACAAGCAUUUAUUCUGUUUUGCUAAGGCUAAAAGCUCUGUGUGUCCCAGUUUUGUUCUUUUGUUUCCCUUAAAAGUAUUUUUUUGUCAGUUACUAAAUAUCCUUGUUGACAUUAGCCUGAGCAUGUCUACCAGGAAAACCAGAUUUCUUCCUGCUCAUAUGAGGAAAUAGUAAUUUUAGUUUCUUAUCAUGUUAAUGAGACUUUCAUGGUCCUUAUUAGCUUUCCAUGGAGAUAUAUCCUGCUAUGUAACAGGGUAAUUUAGUAUUAUCAACUGAGUUGAAAAUGUAAAUUGGCCACUGUAAAGAGUUAAAAGGCUGACGUUUUGAAAGUUAGCCCUUCUUCAGAGUGAUUGGGCCAACAAAGGGCUAAUGCUUGAAACGUUAGCCUUUAAGCUCUUUAUGGUGGCCAAUUUACGUUUUCAACUCAGAUGCUAACACUAAAUUACCCUGUUAUACUCUCCCACUUUUGCAGCACCACAGUUUCUUUAGAAACUUACCUCCUUAAUUCAUAUAUCCUAUAUAGUUUAAUUUAACAGAAUGAAAGCACAGAUCAAACUCCUGGAUAGCAUGCACUUGAUGUAACAAUAGUGAACCAGAGGGAUGAAGAAAAUGGGGAAAGAGGAAGAGGGAGGGGGGAUUAUUAGGGAGAAUUGUUUGCUGCCACAACUUUAAUGUUAUUCUCUCUCUUUACAGGUGAUUAAAACUCUUUCAAUCCUCUCCCAUACACAGUUUGCAAUUGCAGCUGGAUUUGAGUAAGUUAUCACUUCAUGCAUUGGUCUAGGAAAAGCUCUCCUUUUUGUCUAAACAAAAGUUAUCUUUGAAUUAAUGUAUCUAGAUGAUUAUCUCAGGGUGUCUGUCAGGCAUGGGAAAUCAGAGUAUUUUCUGUCUGAAAUUCCAAUGCCCGUUGCUUGAAUUGUUGGGGGAAACCUUUGCUGUGAUAAAAUUCCCACAUACCAUUGAGAGUUUUUCUCUUUUAACUGUGCUAUGCUGAGGUUCAAAUGUUUUGUUGGUUUAUGCAGGCCAUUUCCGCCUGAAAAUUCUGGACAUGACAUUCAAGAUGAGGAUCUUUAUUCAAAUCUUGAAGAUCUUGCUUUGUAAGUAUUAUUAAAUUUAAGUUAUUGGUAUCCUUGACAUCAAAAUUAUUUAAUAAACUAAGCUUAACAAGUACAUUUUGUUAGUUAAGUCUGAACAUAUUUUGAUGGAACUGUGGUAGUUUCUUCGCUAGGAUUUGUAUAGGAGGACAAAUGCAAAGACAAUGUUGUAAAAGAAAUAAAGUCCAUGUUUCUAUGUGUCUGCACAGUAAUAGAUCACAAAAAAACAUUGAAAUGUGGUUAGAAAAACAGUAAUUCACUCAACUGGGCCUUGCAUGCACUUUUUUUAUUCUUAUCACAUCUUGACAUCAUAUAUGAUAUAUUACUGAACAGAUGCAUGGCAACAUGAAUUUGUGUUUUUUAACCCUUUACAUCGGGAUGCAUAUUCUCCAUACUGUUUUCUAUACAUUUCCUGAGGGGCUAACAAGGAGAAUUUGUUUGAAAAUCAAGAGCUUCUAUGGUUGGUGAUCGUUUCCUUUAUUCUCAUGACCUUAAUGUUUGAUUCGGGGGUGAUAUUGUAAGGAGAAAUUAGAUACUAGUCACUCUUAGGGUUUAAAGGGUUAAGUACUGUAGAUACCCAACAACUAAUAAAAAAACACCCUUCUGUUUGUAAUAUAAGACUUAGAUGUCUAAUUUUUACUUAUCUUCAGGGAUCGUGAUAUAACUGAGGAAGAAAAUCCCUAUGAUGCAGUAACCAUUGAAGAAGGCACAAAAAUUUAUGAGGACCUUGUUUCUUACCAGAGAUUUCCAGUAUGUUUGAUGAUGUGCUAUAUCAUUGUAUGAUUUGUAAAAACAGUUUAGUUAUGUGGUGGUUCAUUUGCAUAUACCUGUAUGUCCUUGGCUUUUUUCUAUCAUUUACUCUGUUUUCUCCCUUAAAAACAUUAUCAGAAGCCAGAGAGACAGACCUCCAUAGAAGAAAAAAGAAAUUAUGUGGUAGCUGAGCUUCUUGAAACAGAGAAGAGUUAUGUUGACGCACUCAAGAUGAUCCAAGAGGUACAUAAUUUACUACAUACAUAUAAAGGGCCCAGUUGUUCGAGAGGUAGUUAUACUUAUCUAAUGAAUAAAUCACUCUCCAGUGGAUAAGGGUUAACAAAAUGUAUUGCUAUAUCCACCAGAGAGAGAUUAUUCUGUGUAUGUCAUUAUCCUACUAAACAACUAGGGUCUGAAGUGACUACUUGUACAGUAUAUUUAUGAAACAACAAGCAAAAGAUUCCAAUGAUACAGUUGAAAAAAACAACUUGCCAUUGGAAGUGAGAUAAAUUAAAAUGUUGCAUUACUAAUAACUGUUAUUUUACCCAGCUUCAAUGAACAACCACAAUGUUUUUCAUUUCAUAGAGAUUAUUCUCUGGAGAAGUGACAAUAAUUUUGGUUUGUUAUCCACAGCACUUUAUCAAGAAGUUACAAUCAAUGUUGUCACCAGAUGACAGGGCUAAGAUCUUUAUCAAUAUAGAGGUAUGCAAUUGUUUGUUAGUUUUGUGUUUACUGUCAUACUGAAUGUGUGAAGAAUUUUAUAGUAGUGACUUAAGGUAACUGUUUUUGCAGGAGAUACUUCGAACUCACACAAAAUUUGUUGGAAAGCUAGAGAAAGGUUGUAAUAGUGGACAAAUCAGUCCUGUUUUUCUUGAAUUUGUAAGUAUUGUUAUUGUAUACAUAAGUAAUUGUGAUUUUAAAAUCAAUUUUAGAGUUUUUAUUAGUGACAUUUUUAAACUUUAGACACUUACUGGUUUACUGGUAAAAUUGCUUCGCCUUCUUCUUUCAGAGGGAUGAAUUACUUAAGUAUGGAAAAUAUUGCACAAAAAUGUCUGAAGCUCAAUCUUAUGUAAGUUGACUUAAGUGGUUCAGCACUGUACGUCCUCAGUUCUUGAUUAAUAUGUAAUAUUCUUGUAAGCAUAUGUAGGUGUACAUUUACAAUUCAGGAUUUGAAAAAAAAAAGACUUCAUUGAUUGCUCAAGGAAUGUGAUUGUAUUACAUGGACAUGUUAAAAAAAGUUAUCUAAUUGAUAAUGAUUUAUUUUCCUUAAUUAAUUUAUUACGUGUAAGAAAUAAUCAAAAGUUAGAAAUCUGAAAUUUACAUGACAGAUCGAUGAAUUAUCAAGAACAGAUCCCAAGUUUCGUGAAGCUUUAGAGGUAAUUUAGGGUUAACAUUUCUACAACUUGUAUGUGACCAAUGUGAUUUACAGCAAAAUUGUUUUGGCCUUUCCCCUCGUUUUAUUUUGCAAUCAUGUUCUCAAAGUUGUAAUUCCCCUCCAGACUUUAAAUUGUUUGAGUCACUGUGAAGAACUCAAGAUAUUUCAUAUAUCCUUUAACAAUUUUUUGUUACUGAUUAACCAAUUAUGAAGUUUAUGUACAAGUACUCGCCACCUUUGAAGCUGUAAAUUUGAAAAAAGGAAAAAAAAAAACAAAGAAAAAUGCUAGUCCACAAAUGUAAUGGUAACAACAGUUAUAAGGACACAUUUCACAAUUCUCAUUUUGUCACAGGCCCAUGGCAUUGCUCUAUAUGCAGAUCUUGUUAUAUGUUAUUUUGUUUUUAACUCUCUCUAGGAAUGUCAAAGAAGAGCGAAGAGCAAGUUUGCCUUGAGGUCAUUGUUAGUAGUACCAUUUCAACGUGUUCUAAAGUACCCCCUUUUAAUUCAGGUAAUUUUGGUUUAAGUAAAAAAAAAAGAAGCUACAACAGUGAUCAUGAUUAAGUAGUAUAUGUAUAGAUCUGUGUUUGCAUUCUAUCGUCAUGAACUGUACGAAAUUCUUGAUUCUGAUUUGCAUAUGAAACUGUAGUAAUGGCCUAUGUAUGGUGUUUGUAUGCAUUUCAGGAACUUAACAAGCAGACAAAGCCUGGUCAUCCAGAUAAGAAGGGCCUUGAGAAAGCACUUGCUGCAGUACAGGUUGGUGUUGAUGUACAUCAAUAUUUUCAAAAUGUUAGAGAAAGAUGAAAUAUCUGUAAGUUUGUUGACAGUAGUACUUUUCUCAAAUAUUAACAUGGCAUUCCUUUUCCUUUUCUUUGAUAUACUUGUUCACGAUACAUCAAUUACUGUCUAUUUAGGUUUGUAAUAAGAAAUAAGUAGAUUAAUUGCUAUAUUUGUAUAGUUUAUUAAAUUUCUUGUGAAAUUAAACCACAAGGCAGCAUUAGUUUUGAUGUGAGGCAUGUAUGUAUGGAUUAUGUUCAAUAUCGAUUACAAUGGUUACACUUCAAACAGAUAAUUUUUUUGGCAAAGGACACCUACAAUGGUCUACAGUAAUUUAGAAAAUAUACUUAAGCAAAAAUCUCAAGCUUAAUUGUUCAACAGUUGUGUACUUAUUCUUUGUAUUGUUAGGAUGUUGCUAAGUUUAUUAAUCAUUUGAAACGUGACGAUGAGAACUCAAGAUCAGUAAAGGAUGUAGAAGACAGGUUAGUCAGAGAAAUUUUUGACUUCUAAACAUCUGGGUCUUCUUUAUGUUAUUUUCCUUGAACAACAUGAACAGAACUGUGUCAACAUGAUUACUUAUGUCUCUGAGGUUUGUCAAAUUAAGGCACUUCUGAUGACUUGUUUUAAAAGCUCUACCUCAUAUACAUGUACAUGUACUGUACAUGUAAUUCAAAAUGUUAGUUUGGUUAUCAUCUAGAACCUAUAAUUAUAUUGAAAAAUGAUGAAAUAAAAAACAAAUGUGCUUGACAUGUAUCAAGAAUAACUUGCAUAAUGUUUAACUUUGACUCAGGCAACUUAUUCUCUGUGGAUUAGGAUAUAUAUAUUUGAAUCUUCUCUGAAAUGCAUUGUAAUAACAACAUUUGUGUACACUGUACCUACAGUUUUAUCUUAAUUUUUACUGUAUAUUUAGUUUAUUUCAACAACAUUACAUAAAGAGCUCCUGGUUUAUUUGUAUGGUAUGUGAGCUCAUAGUGAGGAAUGUGAAUGCUUACAUUUAACAUAAAUGCUUUGUAAUUUUACUUUAAGUAUUAAAAUAGUUGAAAACACAUGCAGUAACAAGUAUCAGUUAUUGAUUGUCACUUUGCCUUUUUAUCUUGUUGUUUUAACAGCUUGAGCAGUGAAGUGGUAAGUCUUUGUAUUGCAUAUUCCUGCUCAAUUUAUGUUUUAGUGGAUGCAAAUAAUUAAUGAUUUUGUAACCUAAUUUGCAAACCUGUUAGGCAUACUUUAGUGAGUGUACAGUAGAAAUUCUUUUUCUAGCUAAAACAGACUCUGAAAAUGUUUUGUUGUACAUGGCAUAUCCUUCACUGAACAUGUGUGUAUUGUCAUUAAAAUAUGAAAUAUUUACAUGCUUUUCCUUCUUUUCAUUUCAGAAUAUCAAUUUAUUCAGCUUUGGCCAUCUCAUCAAAGAUGGUGAACUACUUAUAAAAGUCAGUGAUCAACCACCAAAGAAGAGGUAUGGCACAAUGCAUUCUCCGACUUGAACAAAAAAAGUAACACAGAACUCAGUACUUAUCCUAUUCCUGCUGUUGUUGGAAACAUUAUUUAGAGGAAAAUUACUAGCCUGUAGUGCAGGCGUCUUAUGAGGGAGAGUUAGUGUUAAGAAGUGCACAAUUAUUUAUUAAACUGGCCAUGCUUGAUUUGGAGUUAAAGUUGAUGGGUGCCAUAGUUUUUGCUAAAAAAAAAAUGAUCACUUGCUCGCCAAAAUUACGCCUGCUCUGCAGGCUAGAAAAUUACUUAACAUGGACUCUUAGAUUUGGUUUUAAAGAUUUGACGAUUCUUAGUUAGUUGACCGUUAUUUAACCUAGACACCCACAUUUUGCACUGUAAAUACGAGUUUUAUUUUGUUGCAGGCAUGCUUUUCUUUUUGAUACUGCCUUAAUUAUUUGUAAGACAAAGGUAAGAGAUCAUUCUUGUAUUUGUGUACUUCACUGUAAUAAAAUGAAAACCAGUACAGGAACUAUGACUGCCAUUUACUGCCUAUAAUGCAAAGAUAAGUUCUGCAACUGAGCCAUGAAAACAAAAAAAAAUUGUUGAACCAUGUACCUUUGUAUAUAUUUAAGAGAAUAUGCAAUAGGAAUAUCAGAGGCUAUUGCCGAUCAUUCUCAAUAACAUUAAAUCAAGUGAUUGUUUUCUUUUCUUCCUUUUUUCGUUUUCUGUUUUUACUUCUAGGGAGACACAUACCACCACAAGCAAUCUUUAUUUCUCCAGUAUUACGAAAUUCAAGACGUAGGUUCUUUACAAGUCAAGAAUAAGGUAACCACGAGGUUUCUUGGUGGCUUUGCUGAAGUGUUAUUCAGUUCCUGAUUAAGCGAUUUUUUUAUCUGUUUUCUUUUUCAGUUUUCGCAUAGUUGGUAUAUGAAAAAUGAACAAGGUAUGUGUGAAAUAGAAUACUUUGGAGAUGUUUGGUUUUCUUUGCAAGACUGUUUUUCAGUGUCAAGAUAAAAGUUGGAUAGUGUGGGUUUACUUUUAUUUGUGACUGGUGUUCAAAAGUUGUACCAUCCAAUCCAUCAAUCUGAUGGAAAUCAAAAACAAAUUGGGACUUGGCCUCUUGCACUUUCGUGAGCUUUUUUGUAGAGUGAGUUGUCCUUGGUUCCUUGUUCUGACAAGCUGUGGUGAUCACUUUCUUUUGUUGUUUUUUUUGUUUUUUCUUCCUUUUUUUUGUUACAACACUAAUUAGAGAGGCAACUGAGUACGCUCCUUCUUUGCACGGUUUCAAUUGCCUUUGAUUUACGUUUUCUCCUAGUGAACGUUUGCUCAUGGAGUGAUUUAAGGUAGUUUUAGUGGGAUUUUCUAUUAAAAUUGCAAUAUGCAUUUUUACAGAGCGAAAUUGUUGCUACAUGUCCACCAAGACGGAAGAUAUGAAAAGUAAAUGGGUUAACGAUAUUACAGUGGCCAUGUAAGUGACUCCACAUGUCUAACCGUUGCCGUAAAGUAUUUGUGCAACUCUGUAGUUUUUGUAUGUGAAUGAACGUGUUGUACAGAAGUAAAAGUCGUUCCUAAACUGCUUGCUUUCUUCACUUGUUAACUGGAGAUAUAAUCUUCUUUGUUUCAGGGAGAAUGUCACAUUAAAGAAUGUUGAACAAGGUAACAGAAAUAACAAUAACCGUACGCUGCUUAUUCACGUAGUCACGGGGGGGGGGGGGGGGUGGGUCCGUAUUCUGAGAUGUAUUACUGUACGUACCCACUGUAACAUGGAAUCUAUUUGUUUAUAUGAUACAACAGCAGGAUGUGGUAAGUAGUGUUGACGUCAUCUAUGUGUCUGUCCUCCCAAUCAAAGUGCGCGUAUCAUUCAGCUUAUCAUGUAAUGCAUUAUGCGUUUGUGGUAACUGUUACGAAACAGAUCUGAAUUAUCUCCAUGGUGAGAAUGAUGUAAGGUUGCUAUCUGUAAGCAUGGACUCUGCUCUUUGAAUGUUUGGAAGCAUUAUCCACCGAUCAAAUAUUUAAGUACAUUUUUCAGUUCUGACGUGCAGAGCUUUAGUACAGAUAAUAAACUUACAUUCUCCUCUACAGGCAGUCAUAAAUUUGAACUGUACACGUUCGCGACGCCAACUUAUUGUGGAGUUUGUUGUAAUCUUUUAUGGUAAGUCAUAGUGCAUGAUUUAGAAUUUAAGAUGUGAAUUUUUUUCCUUUCCUUUGAAAUUAAUUUCUUUUUCAUCGAAAACCAUACGCUAUUGUUUCAUUAGGGGUUUAACAAACCAAGGAUACAAGUGUGCUAGUAAGUAUAUGUGCUAAUCUUACUCAACAAACACCUAUAAAAUAAUAGUUGAAAAAAAGUAAAAAAAAACGUUAUCAAAAAGGAAUUUCCGUAAAGUUUGUGUAUCGCUUUCGGUCACCUUGACAAGGAAUCCCAACCUUAAUGUAUUUUUGGAUCUUGAAAGACCAUAACGGACUAUGAAUUGGUAAAUGCAGGACCUACACAUAGGUACAUGUGAGCCAGAUUUGCCUUAAACUGUACUUCUCUGCGCAUUUUGCCUUGAAUUUUAGGUUUUUUUCAUUGAUUGUCUUUGUUUCUGAUUUGUUUUUCGAAAUGUUAUUUUUUAUAAUACAAUCAUACCGUCGUGCCUGCUGGUCUUAGGUUAUCGCUAAAUCUGCUUCAGGUAGUGUCGUGUGGAUAUUUUUGAAGAUUCGGCAGACCUUGACAACAAGAAAACGUCUUACAGGUGUGCAGCGCCAAGAAUUUCCAGCCAUUACUUGCGUGCUGUAGUGACCGUGUUUUUGGCGGGAAAGUAUCGACGUUGCACACCCGAGCGCGGUUGAAAACGCUUACGGGCGUCUCAGGAGUCGAUGGUUAAACUGAAAUCGAUGCGUUUAUUUCCUUUUUCAAUUUGUUCCAAAAGCUUGUGAGACUUAAUUUGAUAUAACGUAAGCUAAGCCUUUUUAUCCCUUGUUAUUAAAUGCGGUAUUUCUGUAUUUCUCUUGCAGUUUGUGAUGCUACUGCUCAUAAGGACUGUAUACCCAAAAGUGCAGCAUGCCGAGCGAGUCCUGGGAUCCAUGGUCAGUUCUCUGGUACAUCGCCGUUUCGUCCCCAUAUGGCGCAUAGAAAUCCUUUCUCCAAACAGAGUUCAUCGCCCACUUCUUCGAACUUCAGCCCUGACCUGUCUAAACAAAGAAAGAUUUCAGCGCCGGGGAGGAUACGGCAAGGUACUGUGUUUUUUAGGGUAAUUUAGUAUAAUAAAUUGAGUUGAUAACGUAAAUUGGCCACUGCAAUGAGUUUAAAAGCUGACGUUUCGAGCGUGAGCCCUUCGUCAGAGCGAUUGGAGGAAUUUUAGAUUGUGUGUGUGUCCACUUCUAGUUUGAUUAAAGAAGAAGGGUGCUCCAUAAUUUCUCAAACGGUCUCCAACAUCUCGAAACUCGAUUCGAGCCACAUUCUUCGAAGUUUUUGUGAAGCGAGGCACAAGAAUCAAGUUUCGAGAGGCUUUCGACUUAGUUUUGAGAGGUACUGUAAAGUUUUUCUUUGCUGUUCAAAAGUGCAAUUGAAAUUAUUUAACUGAACGCGAUGUGAGACUCCGUGAGGUAAUCGCGCCUUUUCCCAGUUUUCUUUUCUAGCUAAGAAUUCGAUGAUCAACACCCCAUUUUGGAUCGUGCUAAGCAACAUAGCCGGUAAUUUGUGACGUGAAGCUGAAUUUUGUGCACAAUCAACCGCGAAGUAAUAAAAAUUUGAUAAAUUGUUUAUUUCUGAACUUUCACUGUCGUCUGGUUUUUAUUUUUCCAGCAGUGCCUGUCUCUUUAAAUAAGAAGUAAAUUAUUUUGCAUGUGGUGUGUUUCCUCAAGCUAACAAGAUUGUGGUUUUCUCUUGGCAGAAAAUUCGAGUAAGACUCUUUAUGUCGCGACUUCAAAGUAAGUGACUUCUUUGCUACCUGAGUAUGUUGUUCUUACGUUCUCAAUUAGUAAUUAUGAAAGCAAAUUAGAUCAAUUUGAACUAAUUGUCAGGUGGAUAAUAAUUUGGGAUUAAAUGAAUUUCACCUCACUUCGCCCUGUGAUUGUUUUAGAAUGUAUAAAUCGUACGGCUUGGGGCCGUUCAGAUGUGUUUGAUUUAAAUUCUUAAAGCGUACCUCUGAAACAAGCUGUGAUUGGCUAUGGUUUUUACGACUUUUACACGAAGAGCACUCUAUUCAAGUUUAAAGACAAGUUGUCCUUCGCAUUCGUCACACCUACCUGAGUCGUCACGCAACUUUAGGGGGGCGCCAAGUUAUACCAACAGAACUCAUUCCUCCCGUCGCAUGCAUAUAGCGAUGUUAGAUGAAAAUUCUCUAAUAUUAUUUUUUUUUCAUUCUUUUUCACCAAUAGUUUUGCUGGAAUCGCUCCUGGUGGCCGCCCAGUUUUAAGUUUUGUUGUAGGAGAUGAUAUAGAAGUUAUCAACAAGCAUGAUCCAGAAUGGUGGGAGGUGAGAUAGCCAAAUGUUUUUUUCCAUUGGGUAUGUUUACGCGUGUUUGACCAGUCUUCAGUUGAAGACGCUGCAUACUGGAAAAGGUGAAGUACUGGAAAUAUUUAUCAAAGCUGGGUCGAUGGACGAUUCCAUAUCGUGUCCAGAUGUCGGCCAUUAAUUUUUUUAACUGCGAGAACAAUUUUUAUAUUCUAUGGCGUUGUAAAUAUUUCGACAUGUUCUUUUGUUAAUGUUUGUUUUGAUGCGCACGUUGGCGUGAUAAUUUUCAUCUUUGGCAGGGACGGUCGAAGAAGACUGGGGCAGUUGGUUAUUUUCCUCAGAGCCACGUGGUAGGUGAAUGAUGGUAGAGCUCUAUGGAUACGCAGAAUCCAUUGAUAAAUGAAAAACAAAGCUUAUCAGAGCAAACAAACCAAAACACAACUGCGAUUGCAAGCUACAGUUUUGACUACAAUUUCCCAAGAGAAAAAUAUUUGCUCCAAGCCACGCCAUGUUCACACAGCUUAUGUUCUCUUCGUAACUUUCCCCAUUCAAUGCAACCUUGGUAGAGAAGCGGUAGAAUUCCUUCCCUGCUGGACUGCACUUAGCCUGAAAUCACUCAUGUCUGUAUUUGACUGAUCAUAAUUGGAAGCGAGUGCAGCUAAACGCUGCAUUUCCACCACGUGGUCAUCGAAUUUUGUUAAUCACUCGGUAAAACAGUAAGUCUUUUUUGCUUGUGUCAGUAGUUCGUAUUUAUAGAUUCUUUUUCAUUUCAUAGACGUUAAAAGCAACAUCCCGCUAUGAAGAAACCACGAUUAAAGAGGAGUAAGUGUUGACCUGAAUAUAUCAUGAGUGAAGCUGUAUCUUUUUAUUAGGCAUUAUUUUAUCGUACUUUGCUGGGUGUUUCUGAAACUGAAAUGUGUAUUUUACUUUGGCCUGGGCCCAGUUGUUCAAAGGACGGAUAACGCUAUCCAACAGAUAUAUAGCUUUCCAGCGGAUAAGUCUUAUCAAAACCUGCAGUGCUAUCCACUAGAUAGCGUUAUCUACCCUUUGAACAACUGGGGCUAGCUAGACAUCAGCACUAAUGAUAUAUCUGAUCAAUACAAAGGGAAACGCGGCGUAAGGUAAACAAGUUAACGCAGAUGCAUUGCCAUCCUAAAUAUGAGUUUAGAUGAUAAUUAAAGAUUGAAAUUAACAGGUUUUACCUGGGUGUCAAGGGUAGGUUUUCCUCAAAGUAUAUGUGGUUCUUCUUUGAUCGUACAAGAAAACGCGAAAAGGCCUGAUCGGUCAUGGAAACGUUUCCACAGGAGCACGCAGAGCGACAUCAGAUGCUUUUAGCUCUCACGGUGUGUUAAUAUGAUCGCUGCCCUCUCUCGUGACGUGUAUUCUCAUGCAUCGUGGUCUUAUGGACCCAACAAGCAACGCAGUCGCCACGCGAUAAUUUGUCGACCAUCCUGUAACCUACUUGUACAAAGUUCUACUCCUGUCUUUUUUCUUAGAGUCCAUUCCACUCCUCCGCCGUCACAUCUAAACGUUUCUCUAAAAAGUUACAACUGGUGAGUUCUCUUUCUCGCGUUUGUUACUUAAUUUCAAAACGGUUUCUUCCUUCUACUAAGCGCUUACGAGCUUUCCUUCGUAUAAAAAAAACAAACAAACAAACAAACAAACUACCACAAGAACAACAACAAACACGAAACAAAAAAUGCUUCAAACGUCUGUAAUAGAACAUAGGUUAUUUUGUGACGUGAAUGACGAGGUGUAGCGUGUUUGGGCAUAGUAUGACGUGAUUCGUGAUUCCUGUAGAUAUUUCGAUGGUCUUUUUCGAUGGUCUCGGUCUCUUAAAGGGGACAAGCAACCUGCUCAGCAGACCCAAGUGUUUCAAUGUUAUUUUAAUUCGUCACCUCACCAGGUUUGCGGGAAAGAAAGACAGACCGUUAGCAGAACAAGCGCUAACAGACAAAAGUGACGGCACUUUCCUUAUAAGGGAAAGUGUGAACAGAUCUGGAGAAUACGCCUUAUCCGUCAAGUAAGAACCAAUUAGCUGUCAGUAUUUCACCCAACAUUUGAUUGCAUAAUGUAUUUAAUCUUGUAAGCACAAUUUCAGAACAUUCACCGUGUAAAGAAAGAUAUAUUUCGUCGUCUUGUCGCGAGCGUGGGACAAUGAAAAAAUUCUGAGUCCCCAUGAGGAAUCGAACCUCAGACAGUUGGAUUCGGCGCUCCGAUGCUCUACCUCUGAGCCACAGAGACUAUGGUGAGCGUGGUCUAUUACGAAGUUCGUAUGACACGCGUCCUACAUAUUGCAAGGAUCAGCGAUGUCGAUAGCGUCAUGUUUGUAAAUAAGAAUUCAACCAGUAGAUUCCCAAUUGACGAUUCAUAUACUUGUAUGGUGAUGUAACUGUAGUGUCUUUUCUUCCCCCCACAGAUUUCGCAAUAAUGUUAAACAUAUCAAAAUUCCAUACGAAGAAGGAGCUUUCUAUCUAACAAAAGCAAUUACCUUUCCAUCAGUAGAGGUAUGGUACCACCUCUGUAUCAUGAAUGCAUUGGUAGUUUUGAUUUGUUCUUACACUUUGUUUAGUGAACGAGUUUUCCACUCGAAUUUCUCAGCGCUGUUGUAACGGUAGAUCAUACCCUCCACUCCACCAUCAGCAGGGUCCACUUAUCGUACCUUUUCUUCCCCACCCCUCCCCUUUCCUCCGGUCACCCACACCUCUUGUCCCAGGUUCAUUACACUAACGUUCAAAUGAAUCUUUGCCUUGUUCAAUGUGUGCCAUUAGGAACUAGUUGAAUACUACAAGAACAACACAUUGCGGGUGAGCUUUCCUGGACUAGACACGAAAUUACGACACGGUGUCAACGAAGAACAAAAAAGCAAAGGUAAAACAAAAUUGUCUUCUUAUCCAGGAAUCUCCGUGCACUAAAACAGGUUGAAAAAGAAGAGAGUAGUUGGCCACGGUUUUUUUUUUUUUUUGACGAUAACACAUGGAGGGUUAUACCGAAUGUUAGUCAGGUAAAACAGAAAAACACUAUUGGGGCCACCUCAAAAAAAAUUAGAUAAAAUAAAUGAGAGAAAAAGAUCAAAAGAAACAAAGCAGGAUGGUUGAGGAAGGAAAGUAUAAAGACCGGUUUUACAUGACAAUCUUGAAACAUUGGAACAGAUGUCUAUAGAUGGACAAACAUGACCCAGCUUCCUAAACAGUUCUUCUCGUGUCGCCAACUUAACAGGCAUCCACCUGUUUGGUUUGUCUAAAUUUGACUGGCCUUUUGUGAUUUUAAACGCAACGAAUUCUUUUGUUUUUUACUCACAGACGGAAUUGGCUGGGCCAAAGCCUUGUAUCCGUAUGCGGCGAGGAACCCAAAAGAAAUCUCUAUCCAGGUAAUAUUGAACUGUUGACUUGAAUUGAUAUCCAAUAUCUAAUAUGUCUUUUCGAUGUUGUUGUUUUGCCAGUGGAUCUGGUCAGCUUUACAACUUUUUAGAAGGUGAUCACUCGGUAACACGCAAAUACCAUGUUCUGUUUUGUCACGCUUUGUCUUCUCGUUCCAUUGCAGAAAAAUUCCAAGAUUCUCAUACUUAACCAAGAAGGUGACUGGUGGAGAGGAGAAUGCGAGGGUCAGGUGGGUGCGGCGAAGCCUUGUAGGUCCUAAUUAAUAGUAGGUUAGCCGGGAAGGUGGGCCCUUCUAAGGUAGACAGCGAAAUGUAUUAAGCUAUUUCACGGUUAAGCAGUUCAAAUUAUGUCCAUCGCCUGUAUUUUCGAUGCUUAGCGCUUUUAAAGUUAUACAUACAGUUUGAAUUAGGACCCUUCCAUACUGGAUUGGUAUGGACGGGUUCGUGAGCAUAUUUGGCGCGACAUCAUUCUCCUUUUCUCCAUGAUAGGUUGGUUACUUUCCGUCAAAUUACGUGGAGGUCCUUAAAGAAACCAUAGAGCCCCAGGAUUAAUAGGAACUGGAUAUGAUUUGGAAGCUAGCAUUGAAUGCCCGAGGGUGACGUGAGAGAACGAUGAGAGUUAAUAUUCAAACUGAGAUUGUCGUGGAUCAAAGCUCGACGUAGAAAUUAACAUGAUCGGGGAUGGCUGCCAUCAAUCAAUUCGUGGGAUAUCAGAGUCAAGUUCCUUGUGGGAUGUUAGGACGAUUUUUGUUUUGAUGAAUGUUUGACUGAACACCAACCAGUGCCAAGAGUAACCACAACGGCGACAAAGGAACGUUUUGGAACCACGCUCGUUAUUGGUUUAGACAAUCUGACAGACAUGCGCUCUUGAUUGUUAUUUUAAUGAUAGGCCUAACGAGGAAGGUCAUGGUUAUGCUGGUCACGUGAUCGGAAAUAGUAUUCUUAUCAUUAAUUACUUUAUUUAUAAUUUUUGGCGAUGAAUUAUGGGAACUUUUGUUUUUGGUCAUAUCGAGUUCCUCGAUCCAAACCUCGUUUAGGUAAGGUUAAUCGUCACUCGUUAAUCGUUAAUUGAAGUGACGAGUCGUUUCAAAAUUUAUCGCGCUAGUACUGUUUUUUCGAAGUAAGGGAG